GUAGGUUUACUUCGAAUGCGGGUCAUUACAUUGGAUCCAGUUUCCUUUGUGCUUCACUCGAUCGCUCAAUUGGCUGGCAUUCUGCUAUCGAUUUUGGUUUCCAAGAUGGCUUCACGGACUGGUGCCGUAUGGGUUUCUUUCGCAGUGGCGGGUAUGAUUCUGAUGCAACUGGGGUCACCCGUGGAAGCCAGAACUGAUUCCUUGGCUUUCGUGAAGAAGACCUUGGCUGAGCAUCCUUUGGUCAUCUUUUCUAAGUCUUAUUGCCCAUACUGUAAGCGUGCGAAGUCGGUGUUUGAGAGCAUGAGCGUGAAGCCGUUUGUGCUUGAGCUUGACGAGCGAGAGGAUGGAGAUGACAUUCAGCAGGCACUAGGGAAAUUCGUUGGUCGUAGAACGGUACCCCAAGUAUUCAUCAAUGGGGUGCACCUUGGAGGAUCUGAUGACACUGUUGCUGCUCAGCAAAGUGGCCGCCUAAAGAAGCUGCUGGCUGGUUCUGCCUCUGCCGUUAAUGCAGAAAAUCUGAAGUCUGAACUAUGAACCGGCCGGGGUGCUGCAGUCCAACUUUCUGAUAAGGAACCUACUGCAAAGAAGGAGAUUACGGAGAAACCCCCCGUGAAGAAAGCCUCUGACGAGCAGCAGAAAGUUGGAUUCAGCUACUCAAGAAUAUGGCCACCAGUAGUAGGUGCAGCUAUUCUGAUGACCAUGUUCCUUGCUUGGGUAGCUGCCAAACCUCUAGUCGUGCACCGUUUGAAGCUCCGCACGACUAAGCGCCCCGGCCGUCCCCCUCUCAAAUCUCAUAUCAAGAGAAACAUGUCAACUCCUAAUGUUGAUACUAUUCAGAAGGUUUAGUUUUCAUGAGAAUCAGUGACGCGCUCUACAUUACCAGGAGACUUGCUCACUUGGUAUGAGUGAUCUUUCACGGCAGUAUUCUUGAUCAGUGAAAUGUUAUUAUGGGACAUCCUUGAGAAUAACUUGAUGUACACGUUGGAUGUUUUUCAAAUUGUUCUCAUAUGUUUUGAGUCUAA